AUGGCGGACAAACAAGCAAAUCAAAACUUAGCUCAACAGCUAGCCCACGCUGCGCAAAAUCCUAUUAUAAUGGCAAAUAGUAGUACGCGUCCCAUGCGGGAGUAUGCGUCUCCUGGGUUGUAUGAUUUCUCACCAACGAUCAUAUACCCAACACCAGAUGGGACAAGAUUUGAGAUGAAAUCUGUGAUGUUACAAAUGCUCCAAACAGCUGGACAAUUUAGGGGUGCUCGGGGAGAAGACCCUCACGCCCACAUGAAAUGUUUCCUGGAGACGUGUAAUUCAUUUGUGAUUCCUGGAAUCACCCCAGAAGCUAUCAGGCUAUCUUUAUUCCCAUAUUCUCUGCGUGACGACGCAAAGCAAUGGAUGUGUAUAAGAGACAGGAACAGAGCAUCUCAAAUGGUAGCUGACGCAGCUGCAGCUGGCAGUAUCAUGGACAAAUCUUAUACUGAAGCUAAGGAAAUAUUGGACCACAUAGCCAAGCAUAAUAUGGAAUGGGUGGAUGACACUUACGAUGCAAGAGCAUAA